CGCAGCUUCAUGUUCCAACACUUGCUGCUGUAUGUCCGUCGCUGCCGCCGUUGAGCUGUGUUUCUGACAGCCAGCCGGGCUGCAGAUCCUCUGUUCGGUCUCCCCGAAAGCUGUCCUCCUUUUCGGCUUUGUGGACUUCCGAAAAGCGCCGAAGAAAUGACUUUUCUGUCGAGGAUUUAGCGAGUUUGUGUUGUUGAAUACUUGAAUUUACUGAGCUCAGCGGUUGACUUGGCACCAUGAGAAGCAGGAGCAACUCCGGCGUGAAGCUGGACAACUAUGCCCGGAUGGUGCAGCAAACUAUCCUGAGACACCAAGAUCCAGUGACGGGUCUUCUGCCGAGCAGCAGCGAUCAGGCUCACUCGUGGGUCAGAGACAAUGUCUACAGCGUCCUGUCGGUGUGGGCGCUCAGCCUGGCCUACAGGAAGAACGCUGACCGGGACGAAGACAAGGCCAAGGCCUAUGAGCUGGAGCAGAGCGUGGUGAAGCUAAUGAGAGGCAUCCUACAGUGCAUCAUGAGGCAGCUGGAUAAGGUGGAGAAGUUUAAAUACAGCAGAAGUACCUCAGACUCGCUCCAUGCCAAGUACAACACCGGGACCUGUGCUCCGGUCGUCGGAGACGGAGAGUGGGGUCACCUUCAGGUCGACGCCACCUCGCUCUUCCUGCUCUUCCUCGCUCAGAUGACCGCAUCCGGUCUCCAUAUCGUCUACACCCAAGAUGAAGUGGACGUAGUUCAGAAUCUCAUGUUCUACAUUGAGACGGCGUACAAAGUGGCUGAUUAUGGGAUGUGGGAAAGAGGAGACAAAACCAACCAGGGCAUCACUGAGAUUAAUGUCAGCUCUAUCGGCAUGGCCAAGGCAGCUCUGGAGGCGUUGGACGAACUCAACUUGUUCGGAGCGAAAGGAGGACCUGGAUCUGUGGUCCACGCUUUGGCUGAUGACAUACAGCACUGCCAGUCCAUCCUGAAGUCGAUGUUACCCAGAGCAUCUAUCUCUAAAGAGGUGGAUGCCGGAGUCCUGGCGAUCAUCUCGUACCCCGCCUUCGCUGUUGAUGACAUUAGCAUAGUCAACAUGACCAAGGAGGAGAUCAUCUCGAAACUGCAGGGUCGAUAUGGCUGCUGCAGGUUUCUCAGAGACGGACACAAAACACCUAAAGAGGAUCCGAACCGUCUGUAUUACGAGUCUGCAGAACUGAAGCUGUUUGAGAACAUUGAGUGCGAGUGGCCGCUGUUCUGGACCUACCUCAUACUGGACGGCAUCUUUAUCAACAGCCCCGAGCAGGUGCAGGAGUACCAGGAGGCUCUGGAGGGCAUCAUGAUCAAGCAGAAAGACGGGAUACGACUGCUGCCGGAGCUCUACAGCGUCCCCCCAGAUAAGGUGGAGGAGGAGUAUAUGAACCCCCACUCUGUGGAGAGACUCCCGAUGGGCAAAUUACCUCUGAAAUGGGGACAGUCUCUGUACAUCCUGGGAAACCUUCUGGCCGAGGGAUUUCUGGCCCCCGGAGAGGUCGACCCUCUUAACCGACGUUUCUCCACCAUCCCCAAGCCAGAUGUGGUCGUACAGGUGUCCAUUCUGGCAGAGACCGAGGAGAUUAAGGAGCUGCUGCUGAAGAACGGUAUAGAGGUGGAGACCGUCGCUGACAUCCAUCCCAUCCACGUGCAGCCAUCCAGAGUCCUCAGCCACAUCUACGCCAGACUCGGUCGUAACCCGAGGCUGGGUCUGACGGGACGGCCCUACAGGAGAAUAGGAGUGCUGGGAACCUCCAAAUUCUACACCAUCAGAAACACCAUCUUCUCUUUCACACCUCAGUUCAUCGACCACCAGCAGUUCUACUUGGCGUUGGACAACAAAAUGAUCGUGGAGAUGUUGAGGACGGAAAUCUCCUACCUCGCGUCCAGAUGGAGGAUGACUGGACGACCCACCGUCACUUUUCCCAUUUCACAGACUAUGCUGACUGAGGACCACACAAACCUGGACCCUGCCGUGUUGGCUACACUGAAGAAGCUACAGGAUGGGUAUUACGGAGGAGCAAGGAUCCAGACGGGGAAGCUGUCGGAGUUCUUGACCACUUCCUGUUUCGCUCACCUGAGCUUCCUGGACGGUAAGGGUUCUGGCAGCAUGAGCCACCAUGACGAAGAGUAUGAUGAUGAUGAGGGUGACGGCGAUGGAUUCGUGCAUGAGUUACGUAAUGAUGAUGAGGCUGACGACCUGGCCCAGUACCUGGACCACCUGUUGGCUCACGCUGCCCCCAAGAAGCCCAAACGGCAGGUGGGAGGUCUGGGGAGGUUCAAGGCUGUGGCCACCAAGACCAAGGAGAUGGUGUCUCUGAUGAACAAGGCUCAGGACCUCGACGUGCACAACGUCAACAUGUACCUGCCCAACAAGCUGUUCCGCUCUCCUCAGCCUUCCCUCAACCUGAACCUCAAAGACUCCUCUACACCGCAAGAAACUCAGACUCCGGAGGUGACGGUCUCACCAGAGAGCGGUAUCCCCAGAGACGCCAGCGGAGGCAUCGACUACGUCGCUUUGGUCCAGCUGCUGAAGGACACACAAAGUCUCCAGGACCAGGCUGAUAUACUCUACAUCCUCUUCAAAGACAAGGGCAUGGACUGGGACACUCAACUGCACGGGAAAGGCUCCACCGUGAGGUCUCUGCUGUCUGACCUUUACGAGAAGGCAGGUGAACUCAAACACUGGGGCCUCAUCAGGAUGAUCUCUGGCAUGCUGAAGAAGAAGGUGGAGGAGCUCGACUCGGCCUGCUCCGAUUUGUUGGCGCAUCAGAAGCACCUGACAGUGGGCCUGCCUCCCGAGCCCAGAGAGAAAACCAUCACCGCUCCCAUCCCUCCGGAUCAGCUGGCCGCUCUCAUCGACGAGGCCAGCGACAACAACAUCAGCGUGGCCAUCCUCACGCAGGAGAUCAUGGUGUACCUGGCCAUGAGCAUCAGGACUGAGCCCAGCCUGUUCAGCGAGAUGUUCAGGCUCCGUAUUGGUCUCAUCAUCCAGGUCAUGGCCACCGAACUGGCCCAGUCGCUCAACUGCUCAGGAGAGGAGGCUACAGACAGUCUGAUGAGUCUCGGUCCAUCAGAGCUGAAGAAUCUCCUCCACCACAUCCUCAGCGGGAAAGAGUUCGGAGUGCAGCGCAGCGUUAGAGAGCUGGAUGCCGGCGUCAGUCCCGGCAUUUCCAUCCACCACCUGGGCAACGUGGGCGCCACCAAGAGCGAGAGAGCCGGCAUCAGCAAACUGAAGAGCGACAUGAAGAUGCUGGAACACAGGUUGUCUUUGACGGAUCCGAGUAAGGCGGAGCACAGGUUGUCAGUGACGGAUCCAUUUAAGGAACCCAGGUUGUCUUUGACAGAUCCGGUUGCAGAGAUGGACCGCAGGGUGUCUUUGACUGAAAUAGUUAAGCUCGACCAGUCACUGACCUUCCCUCGCAAGAGCAUCCGAUCUCAGUCUCUGGACAUAGAAAACUUUGAAUCUGGGAGGUACAGGCUGCCGUCCAUAGAAUCUCUGGACAUUCCGGAAUGCAUACCGGUUGCCAAGGAUACCAGACACGGCCAAUGGCUGCGCAGGAGGCGUCUGGACGGAGCGCUGAACCGAGUCCCUGUCGGCUUCUACCAGAAAGUCUGGAAGAUCCUGCAGAAGUGCCAUGGUUUGUCCAUAGAAGGGUUCGUCCUUCCGUCUUCAACCACCAGGGAGAUGACACCAGGAGAGAUCAAAUUCUCCGUGCACGUGGAGACGGUGUUGAACCGCGUCCCUCAGCCUGAGUACCGGCAGCUGCUGGUGGAGGCCAUCCUGGUGCUCACCAUGCUGGCCGACGUGGAGAUCCCGAGCAUCGGCUCCAUCAUCCACGUGGAGAAGAUCGUCCACCUGGCCAACGACAUGUUCUACAAGGAUCAGAGGGACCUGGGAGCAGAGGAGCACAUCCUGGAGCGGGACCCGUCCACCGGAGUGUGCCGGCUGCUGUACGACAGCGCCCCCAGCGGCCGCUUCGGGAGCAUGACCUACCUCACCAAGGCCGUGGCGGCGUACGUGCAGGACUUCCUGCCCGGCGGCUCGUGCGCGGUGCAGUGAGAGGACGAGCCGUGAAACCGCAGCAGGGGUGAAACCACUCGGUAGAAAAUCAAAGUUAAAGCUCAACGUUUUUCACAUUAAAAUAACAAUAAAUGAACACAUGAAUAGGA